GCGAAACAAAAGAUCUCCCUAAUAUUCUCGGUCUCAUGCUUCUCGUGCCCUUCUUUAGAACGAUGUAUCUACUGUAAAUUUAAUCAAAAUAUACCUCAUGUCCCGCCUGUAUAUAUGGUGGCUUCCUACAUGAGAACUUCAAUCCGAUCUAACAUAUCGGCCAGUGGUGUAUCCACGAGAAGGAGACCAGGUACUCUGAAAAGUUUCUGCAAAUCGACGAGAGGUUUUUGACAAAGGAGACCUGAGCCAUAGAUCUGACUUGGUAAACUCGACCUCGAGGCUGUAAACAUCGCUUUGCGUUUUGGAACAAGAUGGCGGCUGCAGCAACGCCGUCCGGUGUUUCAUGGCUGUCUCCGAAUCCUCGAGGUCUCAAGGGUCAAGGGAAUCAAGUGACAGCACGGACGGUGCAAGGAACAAUGAGUUGCAGAGCCGAGGAGAGGACGCGAUCGACAGCGAGCGGGCUGAAUUCUUCGAGCGCCGCCUCCGGCAGGAGAAGGCAGCAUCAGGAUUCUCCUUCGAGGCUCGUGCUCAAUUUGAGCCUGCUGGAGGCUACCGCGAGAACGGGAGCAGAGGAGAGCAAGGAUUUGACGGAAGGAGAUGAGGACGAAGACGAUGCGACGAUCCCACAAGCACUCCUACAUCGACGACAGCUGCUGUGGGGUGCAACUGGGACGUUCUCCUAUCUCACGUCCGCAGGUUUUGGGCUCGCGGCGCCCGUACCUCCGGCGAAUUUGUCCCCCGAAAGCUGUCAGGAAGUUCCCGAUCAGCAACAAAAGUUGAACUGCUGUCUCCCCGAUGGCAGUCAACUGACUCCGAUCGACUUUGAAUUCGAGGCCGACCUCCCGAUGCGGAUCCGGCAACCGGCCCACAUUCUGUCCAAAGAUGAGGAAUACGUCAAAAAAUACAACCAAGCUUACGUCUUGAUGAAACAGCUCCCGGAUGACGACCCCCGCAGCUUCGCAGCGCAGUGGCAUAUCCAUUGCGCUUUCUGCGAGGGCGCCUACCUCGAGCCCAAUAAUCCGAACAACCUCAAACUGCAGUACCACGGGAGCUGGACGUUCCUCCCUUGGCACAGGAUGUAUCUUUACUUCCACGAGAGGAUUCUCGGGGACCUUAUCGGCGAUCCUGAAUUCGCUCUUCCUGUCUGGAACUGGGACAACCAGCGAGACGCUGACGGCGGCAAUCAGAUGCCUCGGAUGUUCGCGCCGUUCUACUUCGGAAAACCGCUGUCCAUGAAUCCGCAGGAUUCCGAACUGUCAAAGGCGAUCAGGAAUCCGGAGCAUUUCCCUCCGGAACACGUCCGUCUGGACCGAGGCAAUUACUACGACGACAUGGGCACGGUCUUCGAUAGCAACUUGGCUCUGAUGCACCGGGCGGUGGUCACGCCGGUGUCCAGCACCGAUUUUCUGGGGAAGCCUUACAGGGCGGGGCAAGCUGCAGACACAGCUGGUCCGGGGAGUAUCGAGGUGAACGGGCACAACAUCGUCCACGUUUGGACGGGUUCCAAUUACUUGAAAUUGCGGCCCGACCAUGAAGAUAUGGGGACAUUCUUGUACGCAGCCAGAGAUCCCAUCUUUUACAGUCAUCAUUCGAACGUGGACAGAAUGUGGACUGUGUGGAAGAUUCUCCAGAUCGAUCAAUCGACUCGUAGAGGCUCGAGAAAGCGAGAGGAUCCGACUGAUCCUGAUUUCCUCAAUACCCAGUUCGCCUUCUAUAAUCACAAAAAGCAGCUCGUGCACGUGAAGAUCAGCCAAACUCUCGACACCGAACGUCUGCGCUACAAGUACCAGGCAUUGGACAGCGACCAGGAUUGGAUCAAUUACACGUUCGCUGACUCGGGUCAGGAGAAGCCCAGUCCGGAAGAAAUAGCCCGGUUGGUGACGGACAAAGUUCUCAAGAAGGACAAGUCCGUAUCGUUUGCGCUCACACGGAUCGAGCCUACUCCGAGCCAAGGACGGUCGGCAGAAGAUCUCGAGGAAACUUUGGUUGUAAAAGGUGUGCAGGUGCCCAAGAACUCGUUCAUGCUAUACAAGGUUUUCAUCAACUUGCCCGAUGCCGGAGUCAGUACCCCGUUGGGAAUUUAUAAUUUUGUGGGUGUGAUCACCCACGUUCCUCAUAAGGCAAGCCAUGGUUUAGGACAUAAUCGGAAAGUUGACUUCCGACUGAGCAUAGGAGCUAGUCUGAAAGCCUUGGGAAUCAAGGAUCUGGAGCAAGUCUCUGUGACUUUUGUGCCCGGAGGCCAGGAGGACGAUGUUGAGUUUGAUGGAGUGGAUGUAGAGUUUAACUGAGAAUCUCUAAACCGAUUCGCACUUCUGAGAGGCUUCUUCAAUUUAUGUAUGCCACGGCUGCAGGCGAAACUAUUUUGUAACUUCAAUCUGUAGUCUUCCUCAUAUAUCAGGAGGACAUGUAGCUUAAUGGACUCAAUGUGGUUCUCUUUUUCCUUUCUUGUUACCCUGGGACAUCUCAGGAUUUGCUAAGAUGUCCCAAUGCAGACUGCGUGUGAUUUUCGUUCAUAUUAAGAAGACGUGUAUUCCCUCGCCUUUAAAGUACCAUCAUCUCGAGUCUAUUCCAGUCCUGUGGUGCCUCACUUGUGCCUAGAAUUUUUACUUAAUACCACUAUAUCACUAUACUUCUAUCUUACAGGUAUCUCAACAGUUAUUCUUAGUUUUAGGUCAAUCUUGCGAGCUUUUGUCUGAGUAUAUCUAAAUUGAUCUAUCUCAGUGUUACUGUGACAUCCAAGUAAGCACCUAGUCACAUAUUAUAAAUGAAAUUGA